GUCCCGAUCCUGGUCUGGUCUCUGGGGCUCCUCGCUCUCCGCUGCCGGAGGCCCCGGUGACUCUGCUGCCGCCUGUGUUGCCCUGUGACCUCCAGGUCCCUGAAGAUCCGUAGGGAGGAUGUGGGGACACGCCGGAAGCGGGGAGGUGGCACUGUUGACAUUCAUGGAUGUGGCCAUAGAAUUCUCUCUGGAGGAGUGGGAAUGCCUGGACCCUGCUCAGCAGAAUUUGUAUAGGGAUGUGAUGUUAGAGAACUACACAAACCUGGUCUCUGUAGGUCUUGCUGUCUCUAAACCAAAUCUGAUCACCUGUCUGGAGCAAAGAAGUGAACCUUGGAAGGUGAAGAAAUACAUUGCAGUAGCCAAAUACCCAGCUGUGUCUUCUCAUUACACCCAAGACCAUUUGCCACGGAAAAGCCAGAAAGAUUCAUUCCAAAAGGUACUACUGAGAGAUUAUGAAGGGUCUGGACUUCAUAAUUUAAGCUUAAGGAAAGACUGGAAAAGCGUGGGUGAGUGUAAGGAGCAGAAAGAAUGUCAUAAUGGAUUUAACCAAUUUUCAACAGCUAGCCAUUGCAAAGUCAUAAAAUGUGAUAAAUGUUUGAAAGUCUUCAGAAAAUUAUCAAAACGAAAUAGACAUAAGAUAAGACAUACUACAAUUCCUAUUGGAGAGAAACCCUACAAAUGUGAGGAAUGUGGGAAAGCUUUUAUCCAGCAUUCAAACCUGACGACACAUAAGAGAAUUCAUACUGGAGAGAAACCCUACAAAUGUGAAGAAUGUGGCAAAGCUUUUAAGUGGUCUUCAUAUUUUAACAUACAUAAGACAAUUCAUACUGGAGAGAAACCCUACAAAUGUGAAGAAUGUGGCAAAGCUUUUAAGUGGUCUUCAUACCUUAAUAUACAUAAGACAAUUCAUACUGAGGGGAAACUGUACAAAUGUGAGGAAUGUGGCAAAGCUUUUAUCCAGCAUUCAAACCUGACGACACAUAAGAGAAUUCAUACUGGAGAGAAACCCUACAAAUGUGAAGAAUGUGGCAAAGCUUUUAUCCAGCAUUCAAACCUGACCAGACAUAAGAAAAUUCACAGUGGAGAGAAACCCUACAAAUGUGAAGAAUGUGGCAAAGCUUUUAUCCAGUGUUCAAUCCUGACCAAACAUAAGACAAUUCAUACUGGAAAGAAACCCUACAAAUGUGAAGAAUGUGGCAAAGCUUUUAAGUGGUCUUCAUACCUUAACAUACAUAAGACAAUUCACACUGGAGAGAAACCCUACAAAUGUGAGGAAUGUGGCAAAGCUUUUAUCCAGCGUUCAAACCUGACCACACAUAAGAAAAUUCAUAGUGGAGAGAAACCCUACAAAUGUGAAGAAUGUGGCAAAGCUUUUAUCCGCCAUUCACACCUGACCACACAUAAGAAAAUUCAUACUGGAGAGAAACCCUACAAAUGUGAAGAAUGUGGCCAAGCUUUUAUCCAGCGUUCAAACCUGACUACACAUAAGACAAUUCAUACUGGAGAGAAACGCUACAGAUGUGAACAAUGUGGCAAAGCUUUUAUCCACUGUUCACACCUGACUGCACAUAAGAGAAUUCAUACUGGAGAGAAACCCUACAAAUGUGAAGAAUGUGGCCAAGCUUUUAUCCAGCGUUCAAACCUGACCACACAUAAGAGAAUUCAUACUGGAGAGAAACCCUACAAACGUGAAGAAUGUGGCAAAGCUGUUAUGCAGCGUUCACACCUGACCAAACAUAAGACAAUUCAUACUAGAUAA